GGUAAACAAAACCGGCAGAACGCAGAACCUCACGUGGGCACGAUUUUGAGAAUGAGAGCUUUGAAAAACGAUCUCAGAACGUUGUCAUUUUUUUGUAUUAAUUGAUAUUUUUGGAAGAAUAUCGGCAUGAAAGUUAAAAAUCGACCCUCAGGCCGAGGCGGCCGAGCAGGAUCUCGAGGUCCACCUGGAAAGCGGAAAAAUGCUCCGAAAACCAGGCGAGAUUUGCGGAAAGAAAAACGACAGGCGAAGAAGGUCAAGAAGCAGCAGCACACCCUUAACAAGUCGCAUAAAGGCAAAAGGGAAAUCCAGCAGCAACCUGUCCAGCCAAACGACAAUUCGGAUGUGGACAGUGAUGAGCUCGAGGAGCCGAUGGUAAAGUUGGUUCCCAAAGAAAAGCCGAAAAAAUCGGAGGGAAAAAUCAAGAAGAAAAUUAAAACGGACGAAGAGAAAGACUCAAAUGAUUUCCGCAAAGAGAAGAACAAACUGGAGGCGGACAUGCAGAAACAAAGAGUUCAGCAGCUCUUGGACGCGAAUAAGGAGGAAGACAGGAACAUCCGAAUGCUGGAGAAAUUGAUGAAAAUGAACAAGAGGAAAUCAAAGAAACUGCCCAAGUCUUUCGUUGACGAAGGACUUGACUAUCUGCUGGAAGUUUGUGAUGACGAAAAAAUGUCUUCGAUGCAGAAAGACCCAACGUUGCUUGAAUCUUCCGACUCAGAGUUUGAAAAUGACCUGGCUGAAGUCACAGGCAAGAAAAGGCAGAAGCCAAUUGUUGAUGUGGAAGGAGAAAAUUCAGAAGAAAGUGGGGUUGAAGAAGAAGCUGAUGAAGAGGAAGAUUUACUUGGGGAAGAGGAAGGAAGUUUAUUGGGAGACGAAGAUGAAGAAAGUAUUUUGGGUGACGAGAGUGAGGAAAGUGAGGUUGAAAAUCUGGAGGAAGAAUUCAAGGAAGAGGACGUAGUUCAGCUAUCUGAAGGCAAAAAGGAUAAAAACAAAAAGAGGGUCAAAUUUGAGGAUGAUGUAGAGGAAGAAAAUGAAAUCAAGAAACAAAAAAUUGAGGACGAGGAUUUUGUCGAAGAUGAUACCUGGGAGGACAUUUACGGCAGAACCCGAGACAAAAAAGGAAAUGUUGUUCAAGCCACUGAAGGAAAGUACAUUCCUCCAGCAUUAAGGGCAACAUCGACAAAUUCUGUAAAACUGGCGCGAUUGAAGCGGCAGAUGCAGGGUUUGCUGAACAGGGUGGCCGAAAGCAACAUGGCCAGUGUGGCGUCUCAGAUGGAGCAGAUCAUUCAGGCCAACAGCAGAGGGGAUGCCAACGAGGUGCUCGGACAGCUUUUGCACGCCUUGGCCCCUGCCGGCUCAAUCACUCCGCCACGAAUGGUUGCAGAACAUGCUUGCCUUCUUGCUUUGCUGCAUGCCCACAUUGGUGCAGAAAUAGGCGCACCAUUUUUGCAGUCUACAGUUGAAAAAUUUGACUUGGCCUAUGUAAAUCACAAGGAGGUUGAAGACAAAACUCUGAACAAUUUGCUCCAGAUGUUGUGCUUUAUGUACUGCUUCAAAAUUUUCCACUGCACUCUGAUGUUUGACAUUUUGGAGAUGCUGAGUGCGAAUUUCGAAGAGAAGGAUGUCGAGCUGAUUUUGCUGAUUCUGAAAACUGUUGGGCCUUCUCUCAGAAAAGACGAUCCAGCUGCUCUCAAAAACGUGAUUUUGAAUUUGCAAAAGCAGGCGUCUUCCAGCAAAGCAGAAAAUGCAAGGGUUGCAUUCAUGCUGGAUGUCCUGAUGGCUAUAAAAAAUAACAACAUGUCCAAGAUUCCCGAUUACGACCCUGACUUGGUUGACAGACUGAAGAAAUUACUGAGAUCUCUAUUACGAGCGGGAUCUUCAGUGUCCGAGCUGAAGAUUUCCAUGAAAGACCUUCUGAAUGCGCAACAGCAAGGAAAGUGGUGGGUUGUGGGUUCAGCGUGGCAAGGAGCAGGUCCUGGCGAAAAGUCUUCCGCCAGCUCUUCAAACUCUUCCCAGUUUAGCCACAAACUUUUGGAGUUGGCCAGAAAGCAGAGAAUGAACACGGAUCUGCGCAGAAAUAUAUUCUGCAUUUUGAUGACAGCUGAGGAUUUCAUAGACGCUUUUGAUAAGUUGCUCCACCUCGGCGUGAAAGGUCAGCAAGAACGAGAAAUCCCUUAUGUUAUUCUGGACUGCUGCCUUCAAGAGCAAAAUUUCAACCCUUACUAUGCACACCUCUCUCAAAAGUUUUGUGAUUAUGACCGAAAAUUUAAAAUGUCCGUUCAGUGCUCAAUUUGGGACAAAAUUAAGGAGUUGAACACUUUAUCAAAGUCCGUGGCAAGGAACUUGGCCUCAUUUACUUCAUUUUUAGUGUUGAAUGGAGGACUGACACUAGCCGUUCUUAAAGUGAUCGAGUUUUCGGAUUUGGAUAAGACGCACGUCAGGUUCGUCCGCCAAGUCCUGUUGUCUCUUCUGCUGGCUAAAAAAGAGCAGGAAUGCAUCGAAGCAUUCACUCGAGUGCCAACCUCGGCCCAACUGGGACUCUUUAGAGAAGGCAUGCGACUUUUCCUGCACCGCUACAUCCUGGACAGCAGCCAGGGCUCGGCAGAGAGCGACCUGUUGAAGGCUAGGGUGGCUCUGGCCGAGAAAACCCUCGUCAAUCCGGACAGCAAAAUCAAAUUCUAAAACUACAAGAGGGGGUGCUCAACUCCAAAGGCGGCACUUGUGGUGCGGAUUCAUGGGGCUGCCCACGGGGCACCGAAACGUCCGGGCAAAGUCGUCAUUGUUCUGAAGGACGCCCAUCGUCCGGUACCGUCCAGGACUGUGCAUGUCUCGCGUGUACUGCUCGAAACCCUCUUUGUUUAAGACUUCACACCAAAUCUGAGAAGAAUAAUAAAAUUCGAUUAAUUAUAAUGGGGCAAUAGUUUACCUUAUUGCGUAUAUAUGGUGAAACUAACUC